AAUUUUAUGGUAACUAUACAACAAUGGCCGGCCGGUUUUUUAUUUUUAAGGUAAAUGUGUUGAGCAUAAAAAAUUUGGCUAAAGUAGAAGGUAACUAUCUUUAGUCACUAGUACUUAGAAAAUCUGAUAACGUUACCUUAUUAUUGUCUUAUAAAUGUUGGUGUAGACUUCCGCGAUUAACUGAUCAUUUAAGACCUUGCGGCUUGGUUUUAAACCUGCGCUGGCACAUAGAUGGAUCAGCCGAAAUUAUUAUUAUUUCUUUGUAGGCAAAAUGCAACUAUCAUAGUCGCAAUACGUAAUGGGUAGCGCUAUUUAACAUUGUACCAUUUUUUUGGGUGAAAUUUAAGUCAAUUCAUCUUAAGGCAAAUAGAUGACUAAUAUUUUAAUGAUUAUUGAUAAUUUUUUUUCAACUUUUCUUUUUUUCAGCUGCUGUUAACUUUUUAGAAAGUCAAAAAAAAAUAAAAAUAAAAAUAAAUAAAUAAAUAAAACACAAAAAUUAAGAAGUGAAAGUUUUAUGCAUUCUUAACAAACAAAAGGCUUCGUUUGAUAACAACACCUUUGUGCAUAGUUAAGAAGAUAAGUAACGAAUCAAUAUAUACAUAGCAACGAAUAAAAUAAUAGCAACAACAAUGAACAAGGCCGGCAAACACAUUCAAAGUGGUUUACAGCACAGCAGUGCCAUAUUACCCAAGUUACCAGUAUUACAAGCAACAACCACUACAAAUAUAGCGAGCGGUGGUAGCGCUAGUAGUGUCGGUGCUGUUAGUUCAACGGCCCAAAAAAAUGUCAUUAAUUCGAUAAUGAGCUUUUUACCAGACAACCGACCCAUCACUUCGUUACAAAUAGUAGAAGAUUAUGAAAAAUGUCCAAAAAAUUUUACAUCCAUUCACCGUACUUAUGAUCAGGAUGCUGAUGCUGAUUUAUGGCGUGAGAAUAAUAUAUUAUUUGGCCGGCAGACGACACGCUACCUCUGCUUGUCAAAGACGGAGGGAUUGCCGGACUAUGUGCUAGAAACAUUAAUUGUCAUAGCUGAAAAGACAACACCACCCAAAGGGUUUUCGUUACUUUCACGUACUGCUGACUCGGAACAAAAGGCGUGGCGUAAACGACAACUAAGUUAUAAAUUAUCUAAAAGAGGAAUCGCCACACAGGCUAUUACUGAUAUAAUAUUGUGUUCAAAAUUGAAAAUAGCUCCUCAAGGCUUUAAAAUGGCUGGUGAUUUAAAUGGUAUUUUAAUAUGUUAUAAAACGGCCACACAACCCACACGUUUACCGCCACCAGUACCAAGUUUAAGUCCGACAGCAACAAAUAAUAGUAAACCAUCGUCAUCCUCGUCAUCAGCGACAUCUAAUAGUGAAGUCGAGAAAGCUUUAAAUCGUUUAAAUCUGAAUGGUGUUGGUGGGAUCAACGGGCGCUAUCCUAAACAGCCGCUACCUCCGGUUCCUGCCGCCGAAGAUCAUGAUUAUGAAGAAAUUCAGUCAUCGUAUCAGAUUAAGUCACCACAACGGCCAGCUCCCAAACCACCCGUCAUCAAUAACGUUUGCAUUGGUACUAACACUUCAGGCCAUAGCGUAGGAACUUUGGGUACCUAUAACGAACUUGAGGGUGUGCCAUUUGUGAUUAAUGCCUUGCUUAAGCCACCUCAUGAAAAUCAGAUACUUCCACUGCCAAAACUCAGCGAUUUUGCAUUAAAAAAAGAUUUAGAGUAUGAUUUUUAUUUGGAACGCCAAACCUUAUGUAUUAUGAAAUCAGCAGCUUCUAAAAAUCCCUUUUUCAAAUAAGAAAAUUCAAUUGACAGUAAUUAUAUUGUACAUUUAUUUAACUUUUGUAGACUUUUUCGAUUUA